AUGACGGAGCCGGAACCUGAGCCUAUCCCGACGCCGGGCGUGGAACCUACCAGCAUGGAACCGCACAGUCCGCCCUCGUCGCCGCCGCGGAAUCCUACCUGGGGCAGCAAAGACACCAAGGACGCAAAACUGCCGAGCAAGUGGAAUGAUGCCGCGGGGAACCAGCUGCCCGGGAAGAUGGAGCAGAUGCAGUUAGCCGGGGAUAUGAAUGGGGAGGCGAAGAGGAAGAGGAUUGUUGUUGUGGGGUUGGGAAUGGUGGGGAUUGCGUUUAUAGAAAAACUGCUGAAGUACGAUGUUAAGAGGAGAGAGUACGAGAUCGUGGUUGUUGGCGAGGAGCCGCAUUUGGCGUAUAAUCGCGUGGGGUUGACGAGUUUCUUUCAGCAUCGCCAGGUGGAGAAUUUGUAUUUGAAUCCGGAGGAUUGGUAUUCGUCGAUGCCUGAAGGCUCGCUGAAUUACCACCUCAACACCAAGGUAACCAACAUCAACUCAGAAGAAAAGACGGUUAAGACAUCGAAAGGCGACGUCGUCCCCUACGACAUCCUCGUGCUAGCCACUGGCUCUGAUGCCGUUCUCCCCAGGCAUACGCCCGGCCACGACGCCAAAGGCGUCUUCGUGUACCGCACAAUAGACGACCUACAGCGGCUUAUCGAUUUCGCAGCAACCCGGAAAGGUACUACCGGCGUGACAGUCGGCGGUGGCCUGCUCGGUCUUGAAGCUGCGAAAGCGAUGAUGGAUCUCGAGGACUUCGGGAAGGUGAAGCUUAUCGAGCGGAAUCGAUGGGUGCUGUCAAGACAACUUGAUGGCGAUGCGGGAGGCAUGGUGGUGGAGCAGGUGCGCGCUUUGGGACUAGACGUCAUGAUGAGUAAGAGGGUAGGUAAGAUAUUGACGAACGAGGAGGGUUACGUGAGGGGCAUCAUCUUCGAGGAUGGCGAGGAAAUGGAGUGCUCUACUAUCUGCUUUGCCAUUGGCAUCAAAGCUCGUGACGAACUUGCGCGGAAAACAGGCAUCAAUUGCGCCGACCGAGGUGGUGGCAUCGUAGUUGCGCCUGAUCUUUCGACGUCGGUCAAGGAUAUCUACGCCAUCGGCGAGUGCGCGAGCUGGGAGAACCAGACGUUCGGCCUUAUCGCGCCUGGUGUCGAGAUGGCGGACGUGCUCGCUUUCAACCUUACGCAAGCGAAAGCGCAUGCGCCGCGGAAGUUCAAGCGACCAGACCUCAGCACGAAGCUUAAGCUGCUAGGCGUCGAAGUUGCCAGUUUCGGAGACUUCUUUGCGGACCGCGACGGCCCCAAAGAGAUGCCUGGGCGACUGAGAGCGCAGAAGAAAGAUAGCGUUAGCGGGCCAAGGGAUAGGGUGAAGACCUUGACUGAUGGGCCUGCGCCGCCGCCUGUUAAGGCGCUGACGUAUAAGGAUCCGUUCCAGCAGGUGUACAAGAAGUACCUGUUUACCAUGGAUGGGAAGUAUCUGCUGGGUGGCAUGAUGAUCGGCGAUACGAAGGACUAUGUCAAGUUGGUGCCGAUGGUGAAGAAUCAGAAGCCGUUGGAGGUGCCGCCGAGCGAGCUUAUUGUUGGCGCGCAGAAGGGAGACGAUGAUGGUUCUGAUCUCUCCGAUGACACCCAAAUCUGUUCCUGCCACAACGUCAGCAAAGGCGACGUAGUCAAGGGAGUCAAGGAUGGCACGUGCAAAUCCAUUGGCGAUGUCAAAUCAUGCACGAAAGCCGGUACCGGCUGCGGUGGCUGCAUGCCACUUGUUCAGACUAUUUUCAACAAGACCAUGGCAUCCAUGGGCCAGGAGGUUAAGAACCACCUCUGCCCGCACUUCGAGUACUCGCGCGCCGACCUCUUCAACAUCAUCUACGUUAAGAAGCUCACAGAAUUUGCGGAGGUGAUGCGCGAGUGUGGCAAGGAGCCUGAGUCGACGGGCUGCGAGGCUUGCAAACCGACUAUUGGUUCGAUCAUCUCGAGCUUGUUCAACAAGCAUCUGCUCGACGAUUCAAGAAGAGGACUGCAGGAUACCAACGACCGCUUCCUCGCGAACAUUCAGCGGAACGGAACUUUCUCCGUCAUUCCUCGUGUUGCUGGUGGAGAGAUCACUCCCGAGAAGCUCAUUAUUAUCGGCACUGUAGCGAAGAAGUACAAUCUCUACACCAAAAUCACGGGUGGCCAGCGUAUCGAUAUGUUUGGCGCGAAGAAGCAGGAUCUACUCGCCAUCUGGCAAGAGCUCAUCGACGGCGGCAUGGAGUCUGGUCACGCGUACGCGAAGUCUCUCCGAACAGUCAAGUCCUGCGUUGGAACGACCUGGUGCCGAUUCGGUAUCGGCGACAGUGUGGGGAUGGCUGUCCGUCUCGAAGAGCGCUACAAGUCCAUCCGCGCACCGCACAAGAUCAAAGGCGGUGUCUCAGGCUGCGUGCGUGAGUGCGCCGAAGCGCAAAACAAGGACUUCGGCCUCAUCGCUACCGAAAAAGGCUUCAACGUCUUCGUCGGCGGCAACGGCGGCGCGAAACCACGACACUCCGAACUUCUCGCCAAAGACGUGCCUCCAGACGACGUAAUCCCUAUCCUCGACCGCUACCUCUCCUUCUACAUGCGCACCGCAGACAAGCUGCAGCGCACAGCGCGCUGGAUCGAGAAUCUCCCCGGCGGCAUCAAGUACCUGCAAGAAGUCAUCCUAGAAGACAAACUCGGCAUCUGCGCAGACCUGGAAAAGCAGAUGCAAGACCUCGUCGGCUCCUACUUCUGUGAAUGGACCGAGGUCCUCAAAAACCCCUCGCGCCGCGCCCUCUUCUCCCAAUUCGCAAACACCUCCGACAACAUCGAGCCGCCCAUCGAGCCCACGCAAGAGCGUGGCCAAGAACGCCCCUCGUACUGGCCCAAGGAAUCCGUCAAGGAGGAUUUCCGCGGCCACAAAUGGAGCGAGCUAUCCUGGCAGCCGCUCGUCAAAGCUGAGGAGUUCAGGGACCUACCAACCGGCGACUCGAAAGCCAUCAAGCGCGGCGACACGCAACUCGCGGUCUUCAAAGUCCGCGGGAAAUACUACUGCACGCAGCAAAUGUGCCCGCACAAGCGGGCCUUCGUCCUCAGCGACGGCCUCAUCGGCGACGACAUCAAGAACAACAAGCUCUGGGUCUCGUGCCCCUACCACAAGCGGAACUACGAGCUCGGCGGGCCGGACGCGGGCCGCUGCGGCAACGACGAGCAGGUUAAUAUCGCCACGUUUCCCGUCGAAGAACGAGAAGACGGGUAUGUGUAUGUUAAGCUGCCGAGUGUGGAGGAGCUGGAUGAUGUGCUCGGCACGACCAAGUGGAAGAUUAGGAAAGACGAGACGUUGGAUCCGUUCGAAGCGAUGGAUCGCAAGUUGAAGGGGCUGAAUAAGGGGAGGAAGGGCUUCCAAGUGAGCCACCUUGAAGGAGGGCUGGGCGAGAAGGGGAAGGCGGCGCAGAUCCUUGCGGGUGGGGAGAGGGGCGCGGGAGGUUUGGACUGGUAG